GACUGAAGCACACGGAGAAACAGUGUGUCUAACAGGAAGUGGUGAUUUAGUAAACAUGAGUGUUGUGCUGCUCUCGUUGGUGAAGCAGCGACUCACUGCGGCUGCUGAAGACAUCUUUAUUCUGUUUGAAAGAACGAUAGCAGAGUACGAGGAGGAACUGUCUCGUUCAAAACAGGAGAACGAGAGACACCGGAAACUACUGGACGCUGUUUUACAGCCUCAGCUUCAGAUCCACAGAGCAGACGUCCAGCAGCUGGUGGUGGUUAAAGAAGAGGUUCCCCCUGAGCAGCAGGAGUGGAGCUCCAGUCUGGACCAGGAGGACCCAGAUCCCCCCCCACACAUUAAAGAGGAGCAGGAGGAACUCUGGAGCAGUCAGGAGGGAGAGCAGCUUCAAGGGCUGGAGGAGGCUGAUAUCACCAAGUUCAUAUUCACUCCUGUCCCUGUGAAGAGUGAAGAUGAUGAAGAGAAACCUCAGUCCUCUCAGCUUCAUCAAAGACAAACUGAACACCUGGAAACAGAAGCUGAUGGAGAGGACUGUGGAGGACCAGAACCAGCCAGGAACUCAGAUCCAGAGAGACAUUUACAACCAGAGACUGAGGACAACCCUGGAGACUCUUCUGAACCUGACACUGAAGACAGUGCUGAUUGGAAGGAGACCAGAGAACCAGAUUCAAACUCUCAGAGAAAUAAACAAGACUCUGUCAGUGAUUCAAGACGUAGUGCAGGAGAGAAACCAUUCAUCUGCUCAGUCUGUAAGAAAUCUUUUACACGGAGAGGAAUUUUAAAGAAACACAUGAUAAUCCACACAGGAGAGAAACCAUUCAGCUGCUCAGUCUGUAAGAAAUCUUUUACACAGAGAGGAAGUUUAAAGGAACACAUGAGAAUUCAUACGGGAGAGAAACCAUUCAGUUGCUCAGUUUGUGAGGAAUCGUUUCAGCGGAGUGAAAGUUUAAAGAAACACAUGAGAAACCACACAGGAGAGCAACAGCCGGUGGUGGUUAAAGAAGAGGUUCCCCCUGAGCAGCAGCAGUGGAGCUCCAGUCUGGACCAGGAGGACCCAGAGACCCAGAGCCCCCCCCCACACAUUAAAGAGGAGCAGGAGGAACUCUGGAGCAGUCAGGAGGGAGAGCAGCUUCAAGGGCUGGAGGAGGCUGAUAACAACAAGUCCACAUUCACUUCUGUCCCUGUGAAGAGUGAAGAUGAUGAAGAGAAACCUCAGUCCUCUCAGCUUCAUCAAAGACAAACUGAAAACAUGGAAACAGAAGCUGAUGGAGAGGACUGUGGAGGACCAGAACCAGCCAGGAACUCAGAUCCAGAGAGACAUUUACAACCAGAGACUGAGGACAACCCUGGAGACUCUUCUGAACCUGACACUUUAGACAGGGCUGAUUGGAAGGAGACCAGAGAACCAGGUUCAAACUCUCAGAGAAAUAAACAAGACCCUGUCAGUGAUUCAAGACGUAGUGCUGGAGAGAAACCAUUCAGCUGCUCAGUCUGUAAGAAAUAUUUUACACAGAGAGGAAAUUUAAAAGGCCACAUGAGAAUCCACACAGGAGAGAAACCAUUCAGCUGCUCAGUCUGUGAUAAAUCUUUUGCCCUGAAAUCACCUUUAAAACGACACAUGAGAAACCACACAGGAGAGAAACCAUUCAGCUGCAGUGUUUGUGAAAAAAGAUUUACACAGAGCUAUCAGGUCAAAAGACAUAAGUGCGUUGGUCGUCAGUCCUCACAGCUUUGUCAAACUCAAACUGAGGAGAACAGAGAGGCAGAGCCUCCAGCCAGCAGCUCAGCUGAACACCUGGAAACAGAAGCUGAUGGAGAGGACUGUGGAGGACCAGAACCAGCCAGGAACUCAGAUCCAGAGAGACAUUUACAACCAGAGACUGAGGACAACCCUGGAGACUCUUCUGAACCUGAGACUGAAGACAGUGUUUAUUGUUAGGUUUAAACUCUUUUGGUAAGUCCCAGUAAGUCGUAUAUAAAGCGAUAACUCGACUGUUUGUGAUAAAAAAUGUUUGGUCCAAGUAAAGAGAGGACUGUGGAGGACCAGAACCGGCAACAUUUACAACCAGAGUCUGAGGAGGUUUCCAUAUUGGGUUAUAUAAUUAAAAUGAAAGUUAAUAUAAUCAAAUAUAAUUUUGUAGAAUCCACAAUGUAAAAUGCAUGAUAUGUCACGAAGCUCUAUACUUAUAUACUAAAUGUACACGGUUUGGUAAACUGACAUGAAAGAGUGUAAGGUCUGAUAUAGCUUAUCACUAAAGGUGUCACUAUUCAGCAGAGGGAAGACACCCUUACUCUCACAGCAGGAGGCCCCUGACUCAAUGGGAUAUUACUGUAAGCUUUAGUUUAGUUUUUGAGGGAAGUCUGGACAUGUCCAGGAAGCAAUGACUCUUCUCCACAUACAUGGGUCUGUUGGUGUGUAUUCGCUUCUGCUUCUGCUGGUAUGAUAUAAAAGCAGCAGCUGAGAGAGGGAAACAGGUCUCAGGGUUCUUAACUGGGAAUCUUUCCCUAGGUCGUAUUACCUGCUGUCAUCGUGAGGAAAUGCCUCUGGAGAUAUGCAGGGAGUUUUAACAAAAAGGAAAACAUGUAAACCGUUAAAUUCAUAAUUAAUACCAGAGAGUAAGACAUUGUAUAACUGUCCCAUUGUAACCAGAUAAAGUAAAAAACUGUGUUAAGAGUGUGGACCAUUUCUUCAAAUAAAACCAUCCCACCCAUUUGGACUGGGGUAACCUAAAUGAA